CAACGUUGCCACAUCGUUUAUGGGUUCAGCUGUUUGUUACUUCAUCGCUGAAUAAAGGCAUUUAUUUAAUAAAGCUAAAAUGCAAAGUUCCCAGUACCUGAAUCAAAUGCACACCGCCGACAAACUGGCCGAAGAGCCUUGGCCUGAAGAUGCUACAAUUUAUCAGCCUUUUGAGGCUGAACAGAUCCUGUUGCCGGAAAACGCAAGUUGUCUGGCUGUCAAGGCGUAUCUAAAGAUGUGCAAUCUGCCAUUUGGCAUACGAUCCUGUGCAAAUGCUGAGCACAUGUCACCUGGCGGACGAAUGACCAAAUUACCAUUCAUUCGGGCAGGAGCCUUUAUUUUUGCCGAGUUCGAGCCAAUUGUAAGUUUCGUUGAGCAAAAGGAGAUGGCAAUUGGUGACUUUCUGGAUGAGGACUCCAAGGCAGACAUGCGCACGUAUGUUUCGCUGGUGGAGAACAUAUUCACAAUGGCCGAAUUGUACAUAAGCUUCAAGAACGAACGGGUCUACAAAGAGGUAACCGCACCCCGCAAUGGAGUUGUUUUUCCUUGGCCCUUAAGCAUGAUGCAGAACUAUAACAAGCGCCGGAACGCACUACGUCUGUUGCGGGUAUAUCAAUGGAAUGAUCUGGAUAUCGAUGAUGUCAUCGAGAAGGUGUCCAAAUGCUGUGAGACACUGGAAUAUAAACUAAAAGAAUCACCGGAUACACCAUUUUUCUAUGGUGAAUUGCCCUGCGAAUUAGAUGCCAUCGCAUUUGGACACUUGUUUAGCAUACUAACCACAAGGCUGCCCAACAUGGCGCUGGCACAAACUGUCCAAAAGUUUAAGCAUUUGGUGUCAUUUUGCCGUUUUAUCGAUGAGAAAUACUUUCAGAUGAGGUGCUUACAAGAUUAGUUAUUAGAUGUCAUCUUCAGUUAUAGUUUUGUACAUAAAAAAUUUGUCACAAUUAACAAUUUAAUUUGUAACAUUGUUUCCCAUCGAAAGCACUUCAAGGCACUGCAUUUUAUUUUGAUGAUUUUGGCAUUUCUACUUUCGCCAUUUAAAAAAAAACUUUAAAAUAACUUGUUCCUAACUUUUCUUGCAGCAAAUAAAUCCGUGGCUCAACUAACACCAUCGAAUGUUUAGAGAGUUGACCUUGUGUUUGAAUUAAAUCUAUUGUUUUUAUAAAUGAUAACUAUUUCAGUUAAAGCAUUAGGCAUUCUGAUUAAGUUAAUUUAAACAAAUUUGUAUGCAUUGUAAAAAUAUAUAUGCAAAACUUUAUUCAGCGGUCCUAAAAUUCA